AUGGGCUACGAGCGCAAAAAGAGAGGCCUCACGUCCAUACCCAUCCAUUCACCAAUCGCCUCAUCCAGCUCUUCGACUAUCUACCGAUACACCCAAGGGUCCGCGAAUGGACACUACCCUCCCCGAUCCGAAUCACCACCUGCUUCUGCAUAUUUCCCCCUUCUGUCGGGAGGAGACCAAAACGCGGGACUUCGACCUACGCCAGAUGCGGAGGCCCAUUUUUCAUACAGUACGACUUUGCGGAGGCAUCAGACGGAGAGCGCGGCGGCACUUGCUUCGCCAGCCGUAUUUGCUGCGGCUGUGAACGCGGAAGCUACCAGUUUGUGGAGGAGGGCUAUCAAUUAUAUUACUGGAAACACGAAUCAGUAUCAGGCUGUUGAUAACGGUCGCGAAACCCCACCUGCAGGAGCGAAGGAGGAGAGACGCGACACGGCAUCUGCGCAGUUUGCUCACUGUUCGAUAGAGGAUACCAUUGCACAUUUUCAUACCUCAGGAGGCAACGGGCUUCUACACUCGGACAUACCUCGUUUACGCGAAACCCAUGGCUAUAAUGAAUUCUCUGUCUCCUCGCCCGAACCUGUUCUCAUUAAAUUUGCCAAAACUAUAUAUGAGAGUCCCCUCAUUCUCCUACUAUGUGGGAGUGCUACUGUAAGCGCAAUCAUGGGAAACGUGGACGAUGCCAUUAGCAUAACCAUCGCCGUAUUAAUCGUCCUAACGGUUGGAUUUGUACAGGAACGUAGAUCAGAGCAGAGUUUAGAAGCUUUGAACAAGUUGGUUCCUCAUCAUUGUCAUGUCAUUCGCGAAGCCAACACAAUACACGUCCUGGCGAACGAACUAGUACCAGGGGAUCUUGUCAAAUUCUCAACGGGCGACCGAAUUCCAGCAGAUAUCCGGAUUAUUGACUCGGUAGACCUAGAAAUUGACGAAAGCAGUCUAACUGGCGAAACCGAGGCACGCAAGAAAAUUUCCACCACCUGUGCGUUUGAGGGUGGAGCUAGUCAUGGUGAAUCAGUUGCGCUUGCUGAGAGAACAUGUAUCGCGUAUAUGGGAACUUUGGUCAGGAAUGGCAGGGCAACUGGUAUCGUUAUCGCCACUGGAACUGAGACGGAGUUUGGUGUCAUCUUUUCGAUGAUGCAAGAUGUCGAGGAACGCCGGACACCACUGCAGCUCAGUAUGGAUGAACUUGCCAAGAAGCUCUCUUUCUUGUCUUUUGGCAUCAUUGGUGUCAUUUGUCUGAUUGGGGUCUUGCAACAACGGUCCUGGCUGGAAAUGUUUACUAUCGGUGUUUCGCUUGCCGUGGCUGCCAUUCCUGAGGGGCUUCCCAUCGUCACUACUGUUACACUGGCAUUAGGUGUUUUAAGAAUGGCCAAACGAAAGGCGAUCGUGAAGAAGCUUCAUUCGGUGGAGUCUCUGGGAUCGGUAUCUGUGAUUUGCUCUGACAAGACUGGAACAUUGACCAAGAAUGAACAAACCGUCACUGAGGCCUAUUCUGUGGACGAAACCAUUUUUCUGGAUCCCAGUUCAGCGAUACCAUAUACAGGCACGGUGUCGCCUGCAAUCAGGAAGACUAUGGAUAUUGGGGCUAUCUGCAACAACGCCUCUCUGGUGAAGAAUGAAGAUGGCGUGUAUGUCGGCCAGUCCACAGACGUUGCACUCCUGAACGUUUUAAGUCUUUUCGGACUUCCGGAUCGCCGAGAUACCUUCAAACGCUUAACGGAAAAAUCUUUCAGUUCAGAACACAAGUUCAUGGCCGUCUCUGGUGUUCACGAAGACGGGCCCACUCACACGAUUAAUGGUGCUCCUAGGGAAAUAUAUUACAUCAAGGGGUCCAUCGAGGCUAUCCUCGAACGAUGCAAGUUUUAUUAUGUAAACGACGAAUCUACUCCACAGCUUGAUGCCAACACCCGGAACGUCAUCACCACCAGGGCACAGACGGCGGCGUCCAAGGGAUUGCGGGUUAUCGCCAUGGCGUACGGUUAUGGUCCAGUAGAAUCACGGGAGAAGACGAAUUUGGUGUUUGUUGGUUUCCAAGCCAUGCUAGAUCCACCCAGGAAAGGGGUUGCCGAUUCGAUUGGGCUGCUUCAGGCCGGUGGGGUGCAGGUGGUUAUGAUCACCGGAGACUCGGAGCAGACGGCUCUUUCGAUCGCACAAAAGCUUGGGUUGAGGGUGGGCCGGGUUGCUGCUUCCGGCACGGAGGGUGGUGUGAAUAGCCACUGCUUAACGGGCAAGGCGAUCGAUCAGAUGACCAAGGCGCAGCUGAAGGAGAGGGUGGGGAGUGUUAGUGUUUUUGCGAGGACGACGCCUAAACACAAGAUGGCGAUUGUUGAGGCGUUUCAGGCGAGGGGUGCUGUGGUUGCGAUGACUGGAGAUGGAGUAAACGAUGCCCCGGCAUUGAAAAUGGCGGACAUUGGGAUUUCGAUGGGGAAAAGCGGCACAGACGUCGCAAAAGAAGCUGCAGAUGCUAUCCUUGUGGAUGACAACUUUAGCACGAUUCUUCCAGCUGUUGAGGAAGGCAAAUCAAUAUUUCACAAUAUUCAAAAUUUCCUGUCGUUCCAGCUGAGCACGGCUGCAGCUGCUCUGACACUGAUCACGCUCAGUACCCUGCUGGGGCUGAGCAACCCUUUGAACGCGAUGCAGAUUUUAUUUAUUAACAUUUUAAUGGACGGCCCCCCUAGCCAAAGUCUAGGCGUUGACCCAGUUGACCCAGUUGUAAUGCAGCGUCCUCCACGCAAGAAAAACGCGCCAAUCAUCACUCGGAGAUUACUCUAUCGUGUGCUAUUUUCGGCGUCGAUAAUCGUGAUUGGAACCCUGUUUGUAUACGUGUUUGCGCUGGAGGAUGAUAACAUGUCGAGGAGGGAGCAAACGAUGACAUUUUCAUGCUUCGUGUUCCUUGACCUGGUGUCUGCAGUGCAAAACCGCGGCCUUGGGUGUGGACUAUUCCAGAACAAGAUGCUGGUGGUUACGGUGUCGAUAUCGGCAUUGUCACAGCUGGCUUUGGUGUAUGUGCCCUUUAUGCAGGCGAUUUUCCAAACCGCGGCCCUUUCGAUGAAGGAUAUGUCUGUCAUUUUGGGGUUGGCUGUCACGAGCAUGGUGUUGCAUGAGGGACGGCGGUAUUAUGAGCGGAAGCAGACGUAUGCGAGUGUUAUGGAGGAGUUGGCGUAA